AUGCAACGUCCUCCCAUUUUCAGAGUCGCUCGCCGUCGAGACUACGUCAAUGGGACUGUGCAACGAGACUGGUUUACGACACGAACCCCAAAAGAUCGUGAAAACAUCAUCGAGGACAUGCGAGCAACCGCACCAAAAGUUCCACCCCACAAGUGCGGAGUCUUGGUCCUAAUCGGAGAUUAUGUUUGGUGCCCCAUUUGGGCUCUGCUCCUUGUGGCAGCAUCAUUUGGAGUCAUCGAAAUUGAAGACAUGGAGGCGUUGAUGCGCAAUCUCAGCGUAGACAAUAAUUGA